UAGUUUGCCGGAUAUACGACAAAAGAAGAAGGAUGUUUUGGUUUUUGGCAUCGGAAAUAUCCAUGGUUUCACAUAUUUACCCCUGGGUAGUGUGAAGAAGCGGGGAUUCAUGGGCAAGUCGCGCGAUUUAAGUGAGUUUCAGCGGGGUAUGAUAGUGGGAGCCCGAAACGCCGGGUGUAGCAUCUCACAGACAGCGAACCUGCUGGGCUGUUCAAGGACCGCGGUGUCCCGAGUUCACAGGGAAUGGUGUCAGAAGCAGAAAACCUCCAGCGACCGCGGAGCUAGCGGGAGGAAGCGGCUCGUCGACGAGAACGGAGAGAAGAGACUGGAAAGGAUCGUGGAGGCUAACAACCAGGCUACGAUUGAGGAGAUCCAUGCCUUGUACAACAGCAGCGGGGUGGAGAAACCCAUCUCACUGAGGACUGCCCAGCGGACCCUGAAGAGGCUGGGUUACAGCCGCAAGACGCAGGGAGAGGACGUCCUCAUCGCGGCAGGGCUGGAAGCUUUAGCCGAGUACACAUCCGGCCAAGAACACACGGACACCUCGACGGACAUGAAGUGUGAGGUGCAACAGGAGCCAAAGAUCGAGUCCUCCACGACGGAGGUUGCGCGCAGUAACGAGAAUGACUUGGAGACAUGAAUGUAGUAGUAAAGAACUGGAUUAAACCAUUCUGAUGUCGCGAUAUUUCCAGAGUUGCCCACUGUAGAGCUGUUCUUUAACCGCCCCCCCCAGUUUAUUCCGAUGUCUUACAAAAUAUCCACCUUUGUUUUUCGCGCCAGAUCAGGAGUUUUAUUUCAGUGUAAUCAUGUGCAAACAACAUCUUCCUCAGCCAAUUUAGUCACUUUCAAAACCAUUCACAAGAAAAAUGCAUCCAGAUGUUGGACCCUUAUCUUAACAGCUGUCAGAUAUUCUGUCUAUACGGAACAGAAACGUGGAUGUUAUAAUAAAAAAUGUAAAAUUCAAAACGCCAAAAUAACCAUUAAUAUAUUAAAGAUAGAUCCUUUAUUUUCCUCAUGGUGAAAUUUGAUCUGGACUGUAGAAAACUAGACCCAUAAACACAGCACCAGCAGGUGCAUACACAUUUAUUAACAGCAGGCAUCGCUCAGGGUGCCGUGUAGCCUCAGCUCAUUUUAGGCUAACCUUUAAAAGUCUCCACAGAGGAACAAAGGAGUUUUGAUUCAUGCUGUUAAAGUCUAAACUACCUGGCUGUCGAUAACAACUCAUACUGAGAGUACAGGAUGAGGGAAGGAUCACAAAUGACUCACUCUGCUUGUUUAAGUACCCACUGGUCAACAAACAAUUUGAAGACUAUAACAAUCGCUCUAAUCAAUCAUUGUUAUUGCAGUCUCAACCAAGCACGUUAACUCUCCUGAACCAUGGACAUUUUCACAUUUGAAAUAAGGCGAUCGCUGUCAGGGUUUGCACUGUCAUUACUACAGCAAACACCAUUUCAGUCAACUGUAAAAAUUAAUAUAAGCAGUGGCUUAUGGGAAAAGUCUCUGCAAAUGCCAAAUAUGAUUUAAAGUGGUGCUAUUUAUUUAAAGCGUUCAAAGGUCUAAUAAAUCAGAAGGAGCCGUGUGCUUUAUUGCAUUUCAACUUACUUAACUUAGAUUAAACUUGGACUGAGGUAAUCCACAACCCAGUUUGUUCACUGCAGCUAUAACGUGAGCACCCCGAGGUAGCAUAUCAGGGAAGUUUGCUAUAAUAAAAAUAUUUUAAGUGGUCUUUCUUGUUUGUUUGCUUUUCAUUCAUAACAAUUUACAGAACUCAACCACAGCACCUCUUCAAUCCGUCCUUACACACAGCUGAUCGAGCUAACUCUGAUUACUGUCCCUGGAACUGAAAACAAAAGUUAAUCAACCUGGAGUUUAACAUUAAACACUUUUUCCCCCCAACCUGCCAUCUGGAGUCAUCCACUCGUGGGGUUGUACUUUGGCGUAUGUUUGCAUGUUUGUCUGUGAACAGUUUCGUCACCCUUAUGCAAGAUGCUGUCACAAAUCUGUUUGUGUUACAGCUGCAGUUCCCAUCAGGGUGAUUACACACAAGUGUGUACAGUUACAUCUUUAUCUAAAUGUAUUUAUUUAUAUAAAAAUGAAUUCAAACAGGAGGUGUAGGAGGUGGUUAGUUUGUGAUAUUAUUCAUUACUUUGACCUAAAUUUACAGCUGUUGUAUUGAAGUUUGCAUAUGACUGUGUUGCAUUAGAGAUUUAUAGCCAAUCCCCUGUGUUGUUUAUCUUUUUGGAAUAAAAUUCUCAAGGAAAUGCAUCACUUUCUCUUGUAUGUUGAUUAGAGUGAAGAUUUAAAAUUAGGUGGGUCCCAUGGGAUCUUCUGUUUUCUAAGUUAGACCACAGCACGCUUAAUUUUAGGAAUGGUUGCUUUAAAUCAUCACUGUAGCCUUUUCUUUCCUGAAUUUUCUAUAAUUGCACAGCUGAAAUAAAGGAAAAUG